AUGGAUUCGGAUUUCAAUUUUCAAAAUGGAGAUGAUAUUCGCAACAUGGGUCUUGAAGAAAUGCGACGACAGAAAGUUCUAUUGGCAAGUGAACUAAAAGCAAUUGAUGCACAAAUUAGUGAUCUUGCUUUCAAUAACUACGGAACUUAUGCAGAUGCUGGGAGAGCUACUCACGAUUGCUCAAAAACAUUUGGUGAAAUGCGCGACAAGACUGUUGAUCUUUCAUCACAAGCAGAGGAGCUAACGAAUGCGUUUCAAGAAUUUCGUGUGAAAGCUAAGCAGCUAUCAGAAGAGCAAGAUCUCGUGAGAAAAGCCCUAGACAAAUCUAAUCCAAUUUGGGAGCUACUGACUCUUCCCUCGCGCAUGGACGUUUGUAUCCGUGCUGGUUAUUACGAUCUAGCGUAUACACUCACGAACUACGGAAUGCAGCUCCAGCAACAGACUCAACUUUACAAAAAUCCACUUAUAAAGAAAGUCGCGGAUCAUCUUGUUGAAGCACGCUCCUAUCUUCUAGAGGAGUUGUUCAAUAAGUUUGCGGGCCCUCUCGACCUCGCAGAAUCUAUCAAAGUUGUUAACAACGUCCGAAAAAUGCCAUACCUAACUGCUAAUCAACUAAGAAUCGCGGUGCUUCAACAUAGAGAUAUUUACUUGGAAAAGCAAAUUUUGGAUAUUUCAGUGAGUAUCAAAGAAAUUUAUUAA